CUAUCCGUCAUGGUUAACGGCAACUUCCUAUCUAGGUUUGAGUCAGUUUAUUUCAUAGCUUAACCCCCCGCAAUAUGGAUCCCCAUGGAUGCUAUAGCCUAGUUUCCAGCUGUCGCGUGAUAGCCACUUAUCUAUUGGAAGUCUUAUAAUGACAUUAUUCCCAGGAUACCUUUCCAAACUUUGCCCUUAGAAAAUUCAACCGGAACACAUAUCUCGGCAAAGGAAUUGACUUUGCGGCAAUGGCACUCGGAGAAGAUAGCGCGGCCCGUUUCCAAGGCGUCAAGUAUGAGCCACUCGACACACCCAAUACUCGACCAGAAUCUCGAAUAGGGGCACUACGCUCUAAGAUAUGGCCUUUCAUAACAGGUAUCAUCGCGGCUCUUAUUAUCUUCUUUGUUAUUCAAUUAGCUCGUUCUUCGCCUGGUACCCAGACGAAAACCACACAAGAGAUUGAGGACGAAGAAUGGAACCACUGCGGCCGUUCCAGCGCUGCCGCUAUGUCCCGCGGGUGCCUUAUGGAACCCAAUUUCUAUGGAUGGUUCCCCUCUCGUUGCGUCUUCCCGGAGUUGACCGAGAAAUAUCCCGUCUUCGAGGAUAGGACAUGGUAUUCGGAUAUAAACUUAACGCAAGAGAUAUCGACCCAGGAUCUCUGGGAGGGGAAGCAUGUCAGAAUCUACACAAAACGUAUGCAUGGCGAGCAUUGCUUAUUCCAAUGGCGGAAGCUUCGCUACGGAAUGGAGAACCAGAAGGAAUUCUUGGACACUAAGACGUUUAGCGGCCAUCACGCAAAGCAUUGUGCCGACCAGCUAUCGGAACACUGCGAGGGUGUAGAAGAUAAGACUGAGGUGGAGAUAGGAUUCUAUCGAUGCAAGAAGACUAUUUGGUAAUCAGGGUCAGGAUUCCGUCCUAGUUCAUGAUAUCUGCAAGCAUGUAUAUUCCUAAAUCCACUAUGGAUGAAACAUAGCCAAACACAUGGCGAACCUCACCAGAUGAUGCAAUCGGCAGGCUCGUUCCGAUGGUGUUCCCGUAGUGGAUCGUCCGUAGAGAUCUCAAGGGACCUGCUUACAUACAUAGUGACCUUCCCCAUUAAGAAGUGAGCAGCUCCAUAGGCGCAUAUAAUCGACCAUACGGCGUAACAGCUGCAAGCCUCGAAGGCGAUCAUUGGCAUGUAUAACGCGUGGCUUAACUAGGUAUUGGGAUGGGUAUACGUCCGGGCGUAUCUAAGGGCAUGGGUUUAUGGUAUCAGCAUUAAUGU